AUGCGACCUCCACGACUCCUCCUUCUACUUCUCUGCUUCAUCGCCUGUCCUAUUUUCCUAACAUUUCUCUCCUUACUGGGCGCCAACCCACGAGAUGCAGACUCCUUAGCUGCUGGCUAUGGCGCUAGAUCUAGUCGCCUUCGUGCCCUCUUUUCCUUCCACGUACCUGCAUCACUGUUUCCACCAUCUGCCAUAAUCAGCCUCACGGAUGACAACUCCACCUUCUUCCUCGCUAGACCUGCAGCGUUUGGGCCAGCAUUGCCAAACGAUGGCUUGAGCAGUCAGCUUUGGGUGGGGAGCGGAUUUGGGGAUGAGAAUUUACGCAAAAUCGGGUCGGCUCUGGGGGCCGAGGGAGAGCUGGGUUGCUCGGAUGUGCCAGGAUGGGGCGAGGGUGACAAAAAGCACAAUGACGAAGAGCCGUCGAACAAGAACAAGAGGCCAAAGAUAGCUACGGCUAUCAAGACAGACAAGGAUACCAUCCCUUCUAAGCUAGGCGGUGGCAAAAUAAAGAGAACAGGAGACGACGAUACUGGCGAGGAUUUGAUCUCGAACAGCCCCGAAGAAGAUUCUCCGUCUGAGAACGAUGGCACAGAUGACCACCUUCAUCACCCGCUGCCAGAGUCGAACCCUGCCGAAGCUGCGCAGCCUGGACAACCUGCCGAUCAUGAAUCUACUUACGACAAAUCCAAGACACCGACACAUGCUGAUAUCCAGUCGUUGCAAGAAAGUGCCGAGAUUGCUGGCAAGGUAGUGCUUUUGAGUCGAGGAGGUUGUGGAUUUCUCGAGAAGGUCAAAUGGGUCCAGCGCCGUGGCGGCGUUGCCCUUAUAGUUGGUGACGAUGCUCGUGGUGGACCGCUCAUCGCCAUGUAUGCCAGGGGCGACACGUCGAACGUCACCAUUCCUGCGCUGUUCACAUCACACACAACGGCGCAUCUCUUGUCCUCUCUGAUCCCUCCAGAGACCUUAGACGAUCAAGGCACUGAUGGCAGCAAGGAUGCCAAGAGCAAAGAUCCCUCGCAGCGGGUCAAGCAGGAAAAUGGGCCUACCUUCACGACAAAGAGCCAAACCAAGCCAACCGGACGACCUGCCGGUAUUUACAAGGAUGCCAAGAGCGGCUCCUCGGUGGUUGUGGCCAACAACGUCAAUAAGAGCUGGCUACAGACGAUCCUAUCAUUCUUUGGGUUGCAGGGUGGUGCACAUUAUCCCUGGCAUGCCGCAGAAGACAGUCGAAGGCCUCCGAGUAGUGGUAAUAUGGACUGGGUCUUGCUUGAGGACUGGGACGAAAAAGCUUCCUCUGCGAAAUCAUCAUCUACCCCUCCACGGAAGCCGAAUACCAAUGGCAAGAAUGAAAAGGGAUCUUCUGACUCGAAGAACGCGAAAUCACCCUCCAAAUCUGGAGAUGACUUUGUGAUUGGUAUUCAAGAUUGGCGGGAUCCGGAUGUUCUCAUACCAACUGAGAAGCCCGACUCCCACGGAACCAAGCCGGAUGGCAGCGUAUCAGGGAAAGCUGAACUCAAGCCAGCGCUGGAUAGUCAGUCAACUGGCGAGCUGGGGAAGGCGGAGACUCUUAAAGGUGGCAGCAUUACACCUGGCAGCGGCGAGUAUUAUCAUACAUCUACUGGCCAGAAUGGAAAAUCAGAAAUAGACAGUAUGAAGCAUACAACAUCAGAAGAGUCUCCUAAUGGCAGCCGCAAUGACGAGUCCAGAAGAGGUUGGUUCAGCCCGUGGAUAGGAGACAAGUCAUCAGGACGUGCUACACCCGAAGCGCAGAAAGGCCAUGCGCGAACACCGAAGGUUACUGGCGAGAAGUCAUCCACAAGCUCACCUCCUGCACAGAAAGGGUCUUCGAUCAAGAAAGGAGCAACAGUGGAACACGAAGGGCUAUGGGUAACCCUCACGCCCGCCACCAUGUCGACAAGCCCGCUGUUUGACACGCUGUUAGUUCUGGUCGUAAGUCCAUUAGUGACGUUGACGGUUGUCUAUGCUCUUCUGCUGCUGCGAUCUCGUAUCCGACGAAGAAGAUGGAGAGCUCCGAAAUCGGUGGUGGAUCGUUUGCCCGUUCGAAUAUAUCACACCAUGUCGAGUUCAUCAUCCACAACAUCAUCUCAAAUCGCAACACCCACGACUUCCUCGCCAGCAUCUCCACUACUUCGGUCGACCUCUCGGACCAUUCCAUCUCGAAGUCGUCCCCGAUCGCAGACGACAUCUGGUGUUAUACCAUCCUUAGAAUCUACCAGCGAUCGCUCAUCCGCUGCAUCAUCUCCAGCCAAGGAGAAGCCAUCGGAUGCUGGAGUGUGGAGAAAACGUUACACCGGUCGCCAGGUUGAAUGUGUUGUCUGUCUGGAAGAAUAUAUUGACGGUCAAAGUCGCGUUAUGAGUCUCCCUUGCGGGCACGAAUUCCAUGCGGAUUGCAUUACGCCUUGGCUGGUGCGAAGACGGAGGACUUGCCCUAUCUGCAAAGGAGAUGUCGUCAGGUCGAUGGCACAUGGGAAUUUGAGCGAUCGCCGUCAAGCUGGCGAGAACAGAUCGGACGAUGUGCAAGCGCGAGCAGCGGAGACGGUCAAUGACUCUCCUUCUGCCGCGAUACCGAUUCCUCGACUGUCUGACGAGGACGAUGAAGACAUCGAACGAGGCACCGAUGCCUCGGUGCCACUCCAGGUAGGCACGAACGGCGCUCGGUUGGGAUGGCGAAACUUGACUUCUCUGAGCAUUUCUGCCUUGAGCGGUGAUACUGCCGUCUGGCGACCAAGCCCAGCUGACAGGAAUCGAUAA